CCGGGGUCCCUAACAGUGUACGCUGUACGGAUCAAUGGUUAUCACUAUUUACUUAACACCAUGUAACCUAUACAGUUUGUACCCUUCAACUGUGUCUGAUAAAAUGGCGGGUAUUUUUCUAGUAAGUGGUUGUCGAAAGACCGCCACAUGCAUUACAUAUACACGGUAACUGUCCAACUUGUGAGCUGAUGAUACCAUUCUACCUCCGUGAUGAUACCGCGUGACUCCAUGCGUUGCCGGUCGAACAUGUACGCCCAAUUAUUCUGCGUCCUACAAUGUUGCAAUGCUACAAUGACUUUGCUGUCGGCGGAGUUGACCGGUACCAAGAUAGACAGCAGAGAAUCGGGCCCGGUGAAUGUCCAGUUGUCAGAAUGGCUCUGGAGGGGAAGCGAGAGUCGGGCUCUAGCCCAAAAGGCGCUGCAUUCCGGGUUCAUAAAGGGAAUCAAGUCAGGUCUGCUGGAUCCCAGACAUUUUGGUAGCUUUUUCGUUCAGGAUGCUGUUUUCUGUUUCCACGUUGUACAGCAUCUCAAGAUUGCACUGCAGAAAUAUCCCAGUGAUUCUACACUUACUGCCGUCUUGCAAGAACAAAUAAGAACUAACGAAAAGUAUACUCGUGAUCUGUUCCAGCAAUGGCACAUUGCCAAUCCGAACGGGAUUUUGUUGGGGAAAGCUGCGGAAGAGUACGUCAAGUUUGAACGGGAAGUUGCCGAGGAUAUGAGCCCCCUGUAUCUGCUGAUUGCCAUGCUGCCUUGUGAAAAACUGUGGAGCUGGUUAGCUAUGGAACUUCAAUAUGAAAUUAGCGCCACCAACGUCUACCGCUUCUGGGUCGAUGAUCACGUCAGCAUCGACCCCGUGCUCGCCACUUUCAUCGACGAAAACGCUGGGCGGUACAACGUAGACCUGGACACGGCCAUGUUCAUCUACCAGAAAGCUUUGUAUUGGGAGGGGGAAUUCUUCGAGUCGGCAAGUGCAGGCUCGAAUUAGAUUUUUCAUCCUCUUUUAAUAUAGGUUUUCCCGGCUAUUUUAAACAAUUUUUCAUUCAAAUUAACCAACUCUAUAUCAUUCAAUUUCAUCCACGAAAAAUUUCACACAACAAAACCAAUUAGUAAUUUACCAUUCAAUUUUAAAGUUUGGUCACCCUCUUUAGUCACCGAGUCGAGAAUUUUCGUCACUACCGAUCAAAUUCGUCUAAGCUGUUGCCGAAGGGAAGCAUUCGGAGAUCGAAUUCGUCUCAGUAGACGAAUUUGA